UUCAGUGUGUAGCGCGGCGGUUAAGGAAGUCUGUCAGGAGAUCGCGUUUAAUGUGUAUGUGUAUUAAAUGAUUAUUUUUAUUAAAACAUAUUUAUUGUCUAAUGAAAACGGAACAUUUGCUGCUCGGAGAGCUGAAACUUGCGUUUUACAAGUCACACUGCAUCAUGAUCGUUCACUCUCACUGAGAUGUCCGGUUGCCACGGCAACAGCAGCAGCAUCACAGAGCUGUUGGGUGCGCUCUGCGACUGCAGCAUCUCUGGGUUGUCAUGGAAACGACGCAGUUUUGGGGCAGUCUCGCGGGACGCGGCGCGUCGGUCACUGCGCAAGCGUGCGUACGGGGCUCUGCUUGCAGGCCUCUUCCAAGAUUGGGCAUCCAAACCGACACCAAACGCCCUGUCCAACACACCCGCCCAUAAUAAAAUACUGAUGAUCACAUUUGACCUGCGCGUUUCAGGUCGUGAUGAGGAGGCGGAGAGAUUGGAGGAGCUUCUGGGUCAGCUUCGGGACGGGGCGUCCUCUUCGGGUCUGUGUGAGCUCGAUUCCGUCCUGGAACUUCUGGUGCAGCUUGCCGGCUCCGUGGGUCCGCCCCCUUUGUCUUUCAGUCAUGACUAUAUGCGGCGGGAACGCCCCGUUCUGCGCAGACCCCCUCUGGGUGGGUACCUGAGCCAGGACACGCAGCGGUUAGAGGAGAGGGCGUGGUCUCUGAUCUGUGGUGAGGAGUGGGGUGUGUUUGGGGGCAUCUGCAGGACGCUGAGCAUCAUGGACGCGCCACCAGGCACUGGGCUGCCGGGACUAGGCCGAAGGGCGGACACAGAGGAGAGGUUUGAAAGAGAGACCAGACUGUCACUGUUUGGUGCCCUACAGCAUUCCAGGACAGGAGAUAUGGACAUUCGACUUGACAUGCCACCCAUCCCGAGUAACGCAGACCUCACUGGCUUGAGUAUACGGGUUCCUCUGUGUUUGGAUCAGUCUGAAGAUGAAGGCUUCCAGUCCGCCUCUAAUCUGACUCCAGACUCCCAGUCAGAGCCCAGUCCUGAGAUUGACAUGUGGGAGGCACUGCGGACAUUUGUACCCGGCAGACGACGCUGUUGGGAGAACAUCGGCUGUCCUCCGGGUCAGAAGGAGCCCCCAUACCUGACAGAGGCGGGCAGGGAGGCGUUUGAUCAGCUGUACCGGCUGUGGGAAGGCGAGAUGAGGAAUAUUCUGUCCACACAGACCCCGUCACCCCUCCUGCCCCUGCCACUGGACUGUCAGAGUCAACUGGUUAAAGAUGUGCUCAAUGUGUUGAUCGGGGUGGCAUCAGCCACAUUUCCCCUCAAUGAGGUGAGUGUGCAGUUUGAUGUUCGUCCAGAUAUCUGUGUGUCCGGUACGUCUCCUGAGAGUGUGUCCAGACUGCUGGGUGAGCUGGCACAGUACGGCACACACUACCUGCGGCUCAGCCGCUUCUCUCUGAGCAGUGACAGUCAGAAGGGACUCGUCUUCCAGGCUUUCACAGGAUGUCUGCGGCGGUACCUGCAUUACUAUAGAGCAUGUGUGUUGAGCACCCCUGCCUCUCUGAGUCUUCUAACAAUCGGCUGUCAUUUCCGUAAACUGGGGCGUCAGCUCAGGUAUCUGUCAGAACUGUGUUGUGUGGAUGAAAUCACAGGUGUUGGACGAGCUACUUUUCCUGUAGGUGUGAAGCUGCUCUCGUAUCUGUAUAAUGAAGCACAGAGUAACUGCAGUAAUGAGAAUCAUCCUGUGCUGCUGUCACUGUUGAAGAGCAGCUGUGAGCCAUACACACGGUUUGUUUCAGACUGGGUGUAUGGUGGUGUCUUCCGUGAUGUGUAUAAAGAGUUCAUGAUUGAGGUCAAUGAAGAUUUUUUAACUUACAGAGAUAAGAAUUUUUGGACACAGGGCUACACUCUCAUUUCACGUGAUGCAGAGGACUGUGUACCUGUGUUUCUCAAACACAUCGCAAACGACGUGUACGUGUGUGGAAAAACUAUCAACCUGCUGAAAAUCUGCUGCCCACAGCACUACAUCUUCUGGUCGGAUGUGCCAGUGCCCAGGAUCGCUGUGACGUUCUCUCUACAGGAAGUAGAGGAGAUUGAGAGAGACUGCGCUGUGUACCGUGGUCGAAUGGAGACGAUUGCCAGGCACAGCGCCAUUAGCAGGGAGGAACAGGCCCUGCGCACUGAAAAGGCUCGACAAGAGCUCAUUAACCAGGUCAGAGAGUCAGCGGCCAAAACCCUGGAGAGAAUCAGAGGCUGCCAGGUGUCACAGCGUCUGGCAGAAGAGGCUCAGAAGAGAGAGCGAUUCGAAGAGCUGAAACAGCAGCUGGAGCUGGACCAGGAGUGGCGUAGUGCUGUAAGACGGAAAGAACAGGAAGAUGAUUUCAGUUACACUCGAGAGCUCAGAGACCGAGAACAGAGACUGCAGGCCCUCGAGGAGCAGCUGGAGCGCCGGGCACGGAUGGACCUGAUCGCUCAAUACAGUCAGUUAUCGGAAGCGGCUGCCAGACGUGAACUCAGAGCCAUGUGGAAGGUACAGAGGAUGAAACUUGACGAGCACAGAGUGAACUUCCUGCAGCGUGACCAACAAAGCAUACAGGCGAAAUUGGAAAAGUUUCCUCUUGGUCAUGCGGGCCCACCUCCAGAAACGUCCCACCAAAAUGAGCAUUCACACGAAGAUACUGAGCUGUGUGAGCAACAGAAUCAAACAGUGCAAGAAGAAGAUCCUGCUGUCCCAGAAUUCUCUUCUCUUCCCUGCCCUCCAGGCAUUGUUGGAACUCAAGCUCUGAUAUUAGAAGAAAUUGACAUAGCUGAUUUCCUCCCCAAGCCUCCAUGCAGUCCUAAAAGUGGUGCCAUGACCCGGGCCCUCCAUGACAUUGGCUCAGACUUGCCUGAGUCGACAGGAAGUUCUUUUCUCGUUCUGCAAAAUUCUGAUCGUGUCCUCUCCCCCGAGAAACCCCGCCCACAUUUGCCACACCCAUCGACCUCCCACAUACGCAUUGGAGAAAACGUCUCGGAGGUACCACAGUCCAUCCCUACUCCUAGUCUGCACGGACAAGUGUCCAAAUCAAGCUUCCAGUUGGGCCAGUUCACUGCAGAGAUGCCCCUUGGUCAGCCAAAAGCUAGUGCUCAUGGACAUCCUUCAGACAGCUCUGUACAGCUGGGCAGCUCUUCUGCCUCAGGGCAGAACAAGUACUCAGUCCACUUGGAAUUGGAUACCCCCACACAAACCACUGAAGAGAGACCUUGUAAGGCAGAGAAAAGGAGCCAAAAUGCAGAGGGACAGGCAGCAGAAGAGACAGGGACAGCGCCCACGGUGGCCAGCAUAGGUUCAGAGCCAAAGCAGGCUGCCCAGGAGCCAACAGAGGAAGCCAAGUCCUGUGAGAGUGUCAGCAAGCCGGAGGAAGAACACUCUAUGUCUCCUCUCAUCAGCUUCUAUGACACGUGCUCUGAUGCCCAUAUGCCAUUCCCUGAUGUCCGUAACCACGUCUCCAAUUCCCAGUUAAGGCUAGGAGAACACGUUUCUUUAGUAGCCUCUAACAUCCAUGGUCACGCCAGUGAUGCACAUGUAAGGGUAAGCGAACAUGUUUCUGAGGUAACUACCCCCAUCCCUGCCCCUGGCUUCCAUGGCCACGCCUCAGACGCCCAUAUAAGGGUAGGUGAACAUGUUUCGGAGGUAACUUCCCCCAUCCCCAUCCCUAACAUUCACGGCCAUGCCUCUGAUGCCCAUAUAAGGUUAGGUGAACACAUUUCUGAGGUAACUAUCCCUGUACCUGUCCCUAACAUCCAUGGCCACGCCUCUGAUGCCCAUAUACGGGUAGGUGAACACAUUUCGGAGGUAACUACCUUCAUCCCUGCCCCUAAUAUCCAUGGCCAUGCCUCUGAUGCCCAUAUAAGGGUAGGUGAACACAUUUCAGAGGUAACUACCCUCAUUCUUGUUCCUAACGUCCAUGGCCACGCCUCUGAUGCCCAUAUAAGGGUAGGCGAAAAUGUUUCUGAGGUAACCACCCACGUUUUCACCCCUAACAUCCAUGGGCAUGCCUCGGACGCCCAUAUAAAGGUGGGUGAGUUUGUUUCAGAUGUCGCUGACUCUCGCCCACGUUGGAGCAAAUAUGGGCACUCUUCAGACAGCACCCUUAAUGUGGGUUGUGUGAUGCCAGUUACUGCCCCUUCACCCUUCUCAUUGCCUGGCAGUGCUUUCGGGCAUUCAUCUGACUCCACCCUGGGCAUGGGAUGUGUAGUUCGGGGUGAAGUUUUGCCCCACGCCCCUUUGCCCGGCAGCACUUACGGACACUCUUCAGACUCCACGCUAAUAGUUGGGUGUGUUGUAUCGGGGGUUGACCCUCAACCCUCUCCCCUGCCUGGCAGUGCGUAUGGACAUUCCUCACAGUCAAGCCUGGGUAUCGGGUGCAUGGUCAGUGGUGUUGAAACCACUCGGCCCAACUCUUUUCCCGGCAGUGCCCUUGGGCAUUCCUCAGACUCUGCUCUUGGAAUGGGCUGUGUGGUUGGAGGUGUGGUACCUGGGAGCUUGUAUGGUGAUGGACGACCGGCCAAAUUGGACCCAGCAUCAAAUAGCUCAAAGAAACCAGACAACACAGAGACCCAGGUGCCCCCUAGUGAGCUGUUCUCACUGGACGAGGGUCUCUCUGCCUGGGCUCUGGGAUUGGGCCUGUCCCCUAAAGAGAGUCCAGAAGAUCACUAUCUUCUCAGCCUGGCCUCGCAAUAUCAAGCUGAGCAGUACCAGGACUCGUACAGCCUGAUGACUGCGGCUCCAGACUCCGAGCUCCUGCAGCAGGUGACACGGGGUCCUAACGGGUUACCUGUUGAUCUCUCCCUGCACCAUGCCACAGAUGCCACUGCUGUUCAACUCAGUGAAAUGAUGCCACUUCCUGUUCUCAUGAAACACUCGGUCACCACUCCACUGAUAACACAUGUGUCGAUGGUGAAUAAGGCAGUGGUGGAUUAUUUUUUCGUGGAGUUGGGUGUGGAGAAGCAUUUCGAGACUCUGAGGCAUUUCCUGUUAAUGGAGGAUGGAGAGUUUGCACUGUCUCUGAGCGAUCAACUCUUCGAGAAGUUGGGCAGUGGUCAGACUCCUGGGGAACUGUUGACGCCGCUGGUGUUGAACUCCAUUCUGAACAAAGCGUUACAAUACAGCGUCCACAGCGACAGCGACCUGGCGUCUCACUUUACGUUUGCACUGCGAUACCUCCCUGAGAUCUUCCACCCUCACGCUCCAGACUCACUGAACUGUCUGGAGCUCCGCUACAAGGUGGACUGGCCGGUGAAUAUUGUCAUAACAGACAGCUGUCUGAAUAAAUAUAACAGGCUGUUCUCCUUCCUGCUGCAGCUGAAACACAUGGUGUGGUCUCUUCGAGACGUCUGGUUUCACCUCAAGAGGACCGCGUUGGUGAAAGGUGCUGGUCGCUCUGUUCAGUUUCAUCAGCUUCAGCUGUACAGACACGAGAUGCAGCACUUUGUGAAGGUCAUCCAGGGUUACAUCGCUAAUCAGAUCCUUCAGGUGUCCUGGAGUGAGUUUACACACAAACUGAGCAGCGCCAAUGACCUGGAUGCAAUUCACCGCACACAUGCAGAAUACCUCAACAGAGCCAUCUUCAGGGGUUUGUUGACGGACAAAGCGGCUCCCGUUAUGAACAUCAUUCACAGCAUCUUCAGUCUGAUCCUGAAGUUCCGCGGGCAGCUCAUCGCACAGCCCUGGCAGCUCCAGCAGGGGGAGCCGGUGCACCCCAGUUUCAUCGCCAUGCAGCAGUCAUACAACACCUUCAAAUACUACUCGCGCUUCCUGUUCAAAGUGGUGACCAAACUGGUUGAUAAAGGCUAUCAGCCUCAUCUGGAGGACUUCCUGUUGCGGAUCAACCUUAAUAAUUACUACAAAGAUGCUUGAUUCUUGUGUGUGAAUUUAGUCCCUUUUGCGCUCGCUUCAGUAUUGACAUCAGCCAUUUGGUCAGUAUUCCUUCUGUGUAUGUUGGAUAGUCAAAGGAUCUACGAUCAUGUACCUGAUUGAAAUGGAGACUGUGUAGAUGUUUUUGGCUGACAAACUCGAAUUGCUGUGAUGUGAUGCUUAUAUCCACAGAAGCUGAAAAUGUUGUGUAAAAUAAAAUACUUUGUUUGCAUUG